AUGCCUUUUCCAUAUAAGAAAGUGUUGGUAACGGGGGCAACGAGUGGUAUCGGUGAGGCGCUCACGAGAAGACUGGUCGAGGAUGGCUCUUUUGUCAUCGCCGUCGGCCGGCGAAAGGAGAAUCUGGACAAGUUGGUGCAGGAGUACGGUCGCGAUAAGAUCGACGCAGUGUCGUUCGACGUUUCAAACCUCGAGGCGAUCCCUCAGUUUGCAACCAAAAUCAUCGACACCCAUCCCGAUGUCGACUGCGUUGUUCUGAAUGCUGGCGUACAAAGGCGUUCGGAUUUCAGUGAGCCUGAAUCCAUCGACAUGGCCGUUCUCGAGCUCGAAUUCAGGACCAACUAUCUCUCGCCAUUAACCAUGACCAAGGCAUUUCUGCCCUAUUUCCAGAAGAAAGAGGGCAAGAGCGCGUUCGUCUACGUGACGUCCGGGCUAGCACUUGUUCCCAUCCUUCGUUGCCCCAACUAUUGUGCUACCAAGGCCGCUCUGCACCAAUUUAUCCUCUGCCUGCGGGAGAGUUUAAAAAGCUCCAAUGUCAAGGUGGUGGAGGUGUUCCCACCAGCGGUCCAGACUGAGCUCCAUGAUGAGAAGCAUCAACCGGACAUCAAAAAUGGAAGGUCCUGGGGUAUGCCCCUCGCCGAGUUCACGGAUGAGGCGUACGCUGGAUUGGCCAGCGGUUCGGAGCAGGUGCCUGUGGGCCAUGCAAAGAAGAUGUUUGACGGGUUGGAGCCAAAACGGCAGGAGCUCUUUCAAUAUAUGGUAAAGGCCUCGAGUGGAACAUAG